AUGGACGCCCCCCACGGCCGCGGCGCCCCGCCGGCUCCCGGAGCCGCGGCGCAGCUGCAGCCUACGGCUCCCGGCGCGCGCAGGGCAUUGGUGCUGCCCGGGGCGCGGGGCCGGGCCGCGGCCGGAGCAUGGAGCGCGGCUGGAGGGCGCGCGAGGCAGGGUCCGACUCCGCAGGGCGCGUUCCUCCGCUCCGCCCGCUCGGCGCGGCGAUCGGGGUGGGCGCCCGGCUCCGCUCCCCGCUUUCGGCCGGCCACUCGGCGAAAGCGCGAGCGCCGGAGCGCGCAGACACCGCCCGCCGCGAGCUGCCGCCUACACCCGCCCGGAUCAGGCCGGCUCCUCGCCGUAAAUAGCGCCCCGCGCUGGGAGCCGGCCGGCGCCGCCCUGCCCCGCCCCGGCCCCGCCCCGGCCCCGCCCCGGCCGCGCCGGCGCCGUCCGAUUGGCCGCCGGGCUCCAGCCGCUCCUCCCGCAGCCGGGGGGCGGGGCCGGGCGCGGGCGGAGGGCGCUGCCCCGCGGCUCCGAGUGGCGCCGGCGUCUGGUCUGCGGAGGGCGCCGGCCGUCUCCCGCGCUCCCCCUCGCGGAGGCCGCGCGCCCGUGACCUUCGGGAGCGGCGGGUUGAGCCGGGCCUCAGGCCCUGCCUCGGGCCCCCUCCUCCGUGACCCUCACCGCCCUGCCUCGGGCCGGCGUGCGCCAGUGCGUGGCUUCCUUUUCGUUCUCCGAAACUCGCGAGGGACCCGCGUGGCCGCCUUCGGACCCCUCCCGCCGCGCGGCGCGCCUCGGGAGCCCGGGGGAGCGGGGGCGGCCCCCGGCGUGGGCCCCGCGGGCCGGCGCGCGCCCGGGGAGGGCGUCCGGGCGGCGGGGCGGGAAGGGGGCGCGUUCAGCCCUGCCCCCGCCCGCUCCGCGCGUCCGCCCCGCCGAGUGAUCAAUAAGGCCCAGACAGACAGGCUGUUGAUGAGCGGGAGCCGCCGAGUUCUCCCGGGUAGACGGGCCGAGUAG